AUGUCGAUCCGAACCGCCACAACGCGGCCUCUACCGCAUCUCCUCUCCCGCCGCGCGCCCAUACCUCCCUGCCCCCACCGCCGACCCUUCUUCACCCUCCCCGGCGGCGGCAGCAACACCCAAACGCUCACCGCCUCGCGCACGCUACCCUACGGCCGCGACGACCUCUACCGCCUCGUCGCCGAUGUCGACUCGUACGCGCAGUUCGUCCCCUACUGCGCCCGCUCGCGCGUCACGCAGUGGUCUGUGCCCGACGACUCUGGCCGCUCCUGGCCCGUCCGCGCCGACCUGCACGUCGGCUGGGGCGGCCUCAACGAGGAGUUUACGAGCCGCCUGCGGUGCGUACCUGGCGUUUCCGUCGAGGCCGUGAGCGGCAACCCGGAAGGCGCCACCUCUGCUGCCUCCUCCUCCUCCUCCUCCUCCUCUUUAGAGGAGCAGUCGGAUGCGUCCGCAGUCUUCAAGAGCCUAGUCACGCGCUGGUCGCUGCGUCCCAUCGCGGAGCAGCCAGCGCCAGCCACGGAGGUACACCUGAGCAUCAAGUACCAGUUCACAAACCCGCUGUACGCCGCGGUCAGCGCUGCAGUGUCGGACAAAGUGGCGGCUCUCAUGAUUGAAGCAUUUGAGAAGCGGGCAAAGGAGCAGCUCGGACGUCGUGGCCGCGUUUGA